AUGAGCGGAAAUGACCGUCACGACAAGAAGAAGAAGUUCGCCAUCAUCGGCUUGUCGGCAUUGAUCCUGGUAGCCAUGGUGGUUGCUGUGGUUGUUGGAGUCACCAGAAGCCAAAAAGACGUAAAGGACGAGAAGAAACCAGCCACAACAUCUAAGGCAAUUGAAGCUGUCUGCCAACCAACAGACUACAAGGAAACCUGCCAGAAUAGCCUCUCUGCAAAAGCCGGCAAUGUUACUGACCCAAAAGAGCUCAUCAAGCUUGGGUUCCAGAUCACCAUGGACAAAAUCCAAGAGGUGAUCAACAAUUCCUCCACCUUGAAAGAUCUCGCCAAAGAUCCGAUGGCCAACCAGGCCCUUGAGAACUGCAAAGAGCUCUUAACGUACUCCAUCGAUGAUUUGAAGAAGUCGUUCGAGAAGAUCGGCCCCUUUGAAGUCAGGAAGCUCAAAGAGUAUGUCGAAGACCUCAAGAUCUGGCUCAGUGCCUCCAUCAGCUACGAACAGACUUGCUUGGAUGGGUUCCAGAACACCACCGGUGACGCCGGGACCAAAAUGCAGGACUUUUUGAAGCAAUCACAAGAACUCACCAAGAAUGGACUUGCCAUGGUCACUGAAAUUAGCAACCUCUUUGGAAACAGCAACCUUAAAACCCAACGUCGUCUCUUGGCUGAGGCUCCUAUUGACCCAAAAAAGGCGCCUAAGAUCAUCCCCUCAUGGAUCGACGGACGCAAGCUUGACCUUACCACUGCCAAUCCCAGCUCCCUUAAACCCGAUGUCGUAGUCGCCAUGGACAGAAGCGGAAAGUACAAGACCAUCAAUGAGGCUCUCAAGGAUAUUCCCAAGGACAACGGUCAGAAGACGUUUGUGAUCUACAUCAAGGAGGGUGUGUACAACGAGAAUGUGUUGCUUGACAAGCACAUGACCAAUGUCAUGUUCAUUGGUGAUGGCCCUACUAAGACUAAGAUCACGGGUAACAAGAACUAUGCCAAUGGUAUCCAAACAUUCAAAACCGCCACUGUCGCUGUGAUAGGAGACUACUUCAUUGCUAAGGACGUAGGAUUUGAGAAUACAGCCGGACCCAAAGGACACCAAGCUGUGGCAUUGCGUGUUCAAUCUGACCUGUCCAUCUUCUAUAACUGCCGGAUAGACGGUUACCAAGACACUCUCUACACCCAAACCCACAGGCAGUUCUACCGCGACUGCACCAUCACUGGAACCAUCGACUUCAUCUUUGGUGACGCAGCCGUCGUGUUCCAGAACUGCAAGUUGAUCAUCAGGAAGCCCGACCCAAAUCAAGACAUCAUGGUCACCGCCCAAGGAAGGAGCGACAAGCGCCAGCCUACUGCCAUUGUCCUCCAAAACUGCACCAUCAGCGGCGAGAAGGACUACAUUGAAGACAAGAACACCAAAAUGGCCUACUUGGGCAGGCCAUGGAACACCUACUCCAGGACCAUCGUGAUGCAGUCCCAAAUCGAUGAUGUGAUCAACCCCCUGGGUUGGAUGGAGUGGACCGGUAAGAUCAAUCACCAAACAUGCUGGUUCGGUGAGUACUCAAACAGGGGACCUGGUGCGGCCACUAACAAGAGGGUGAAUUGGUACAAGUUGGCCACCCCUGAACAAGCCGGUGAAUUCGCCCCUGGUAGAAUUCUUUUUGGUGAUAGGUGGAUCAAGCCUAGCGGUGUCCCUUAUGAGGCUGGAAUGAUGCGUAUCUAA